AUGACCCUGUACAAGGCUACGGCAAAGAUACUUGCUGUUAGGUUGAGGGACAUUCUUCCGAGGUUGAUUAGUCCGGAGCAGAGGGCUUUUGUGGGAGGACGGAGUAUCACAGAUAAUGUGCUUAUUGCUCAGGAGUUUAUGUUUGACCUUCGCAGGGCCCCGAUGAGGAGGAGUUUGAUGGGAAUCAAGCUUGAUAUGGAGAGGGCCUACGGCAGGAUGAGAUGGGAUCUUGUGCAGCAGUCUUUGCAGGGAUUUGGAUGGCGUUCUCGAGAGAUGGAUCAGCUGGGUCAUGGGAUGUGUGCGGGGUGCUUCUUUCGCCAUUUUGGUGAAUGGAACGUCAUCCUGUUUCUUUGA